AUGGGAACUAUUACUUCAGGUAACUUGCAUAUCCAGUUUUCAUUUUCGGAGCCGUGUCUUUGGCACUUCAGAGGAUUUUCAAGUGAACAGCAUGUCACAAGCUUUUUUCAGAAUUUUGUUAGCUGGGGAGUUAGAAAUUUGAAGAGUGCGAGAUUCAAUAAAUUUUUAGUCGUCAUUUUUAAGAUCCUUGUUUGCUUUGAUUGUUUCGAUAUUUUUUCUGAUUAUAAUGAUUUACAUCUUAGUGUCUUGUAAUUUCUAGUAAUUGAGUUCGAAAAAAAAGGUCAAUAGAUUUCUUCCCGGGUUACCUGCUUCUGUUUUUCAGUUUCUUCCUUCAUCUUCAUCACCACACUUCUCAUCCAUUUUCCUAUGCCGAUUCAGACACGUUUGACUUUUAUCUGUUUUCAUAAUUUUCUCUUGGUUUUCAGAGUGUUGUGACAAUCCUGUUUUUGGUUACAACGAUGAAAGCUGUGGAACUGCGGAUUGUACAACAUGCACAAAAGGAGAUUAUAUAGUUAUAAAACAGGAAUAUAACAAAGGAGUUGCACUGGGAUUUUCACGAGUCUUGCAAUCUGCAUCCAGGAUCAUCUUGGAAGACAAUUCUCAACCUGCGGAUUUUUUAAAAUUAACGACACUUUCUUAUAACGGCUCCGACCACCAAAAGUUCCCAGGUUCUUUUCAAAUUUCAUUUCGAAGCUUGAGUGAAGCACAGUUCAAACAAAAUUUCUCGCAGUUGCGCUAAGAAAAUAAUCGUUCUGAUCGACUGCGUCAAAAGUUGUGGCUAGCCAACCAGAGGCGAGUGAAGCUAUCAAGAAGUUGGCUUACGUAAUUUGAAAAUUUUGUGACUAUCGAAAAAACAAAUUUCGACCUUUUCUAUUUGAAAGAAUCGCGAACUGUGAAGGGAACGCAUUACUUAAGGAAGCCCUAUACACUCUAACAUUAGAAUAUGAACGGUUUCGAAAACUCUGAUAAGUUAUCCAACCUCUUUAUUGCUUCAUUUUUGAACAGUUCGCAACUAAAUAUACAAAUUUCAUUCAUUGCCAUGAAUGAUUAGAAUCACCAGUCUAAAAUCUGAAGUUCUCUCGCUUGGUUUCUCUUGAUUGAAGUUUUCAGAGCCCCUCAUUCGCAUCCGUCGAAGUAACGUCAGUGCAGCUUCUUUCGCUAAAUUGAAGAACAUAAAAAUUAGUCCGCUGGAACCGUAUUGUCAGAAGGGUACGAUUUACGAUAUAGACUACAUGGACCCGGCGCCGCUGUAUAUUCUGAAGGACCUCGAGAAGGUUGGACCUUAGUUAUCGGUAAUUAUACGAUUAACACGAAUAAAUUCUCGUAAAUGUUAUGUCUAAGGUAAUAUGUAUUCAACAACGACGGUGAACAUAUAAGUGGAUAUCUAUGUUUUUCUUAUGCCGUGUUCAAUUUGAUUAUGCGAAAUGCAAAAUAAUCUCUGACUCUCCAAAAUUUAGUGAUCUUUUCCUUUUCCUAACGGGUAUUUUGCAUUUUGCGGGAUCAAAUUUAAAAUCACUAAGUUUUCAGUAGUUUUAGAGCGCGUUAAUUGAAAGUAAUUUAAAAAAAAGCACGGAAAUUCAUUUCUACUUUAGCUGUUUUUCAUUUUUGAUUUGAACUAAAAGUUCGAUUUGGAGUUUCCUGGAUUUUGCGGAACACUUUGAACAUAAACGCUCGAUGUAUAAACGUUCGAUAUUUAGAAUGUGCUGAAGCCCUGUGUGAAGUUAUUCCCGACAACGUCAACGCCGGUAGCCGCUACGUGUCCGCCGCAGAAACCCUGCAUCUGCAACCAAACGACGCAAGCGACAUCGCGUAGCCCACCACCAGUCGCAGUGGCCAACUCACAACAAAAGAACGACGCCGGCGAAGGGAAGAAAGACGCCGGAGAAUGCUCUUGCCAGGGUGAUUAUCAGACAGGAGGAAUGAUUUUUGGGAACGUUUAGAUGUUUUCUAUAAAAAUCCAAAUCUUAAAUUCUUUUUAAAAAUAUGGUUUAUUUCUAAAAGGAUAAAAUAUUGCUCGCUUGAAAAAAAAUAUCACUUUUUACAUUCGUUCAUGUUUAUAUUUGAAAAAAAAAAACCAAAAGCAGAUUGGAUUCACUACUGUGCAGAUUUGUAGGCGAAAACACCAAACUUACUUCGUUGAAGUAGAUUUCUUCCUAUUUGUAUUCAAUCUUGCCUUCUAUAUACCAACUAAAUUGAAUUUAUUUUUUUAACAUGGAUAACAUGGAUAAAUUAUCUUGCGUAACUAACCGAGCAACGCGCUAAUAAAUAAUAUUUUUUCCUUUUUUGAAUAUCGAAGAGCUCCUAUUAAAAGUGGCAUUUUUUCUCGCAAAAAAAUAAGAAAAAGUAUUGACAGGAACUAUUAUCUUGACGGUUCUGAUAACUUCGCUCGUAUGGUUUCUCCUUUUUGUGAUCAUGGUUUUGGUCUUCCGUUCGACUCGCGCCUCUCAACCGCCACCAGAAAAGGAAAUUUGUCACCCUCCAUCUUCCAGCGAAAUUUCAAAACUCUUCCAAUGUGGUCGGAUGAAAAUCUGUCUCUUCGAAAUUAUUUUCCUCAAUUUUUCAGUUGAAUUCGUAUCUUUUCUGGUGCACACUUGCUACGCGAGUUUGGUGGCGGCUCACACGGUUUUCGGUAUCUGUUCUUUCUUAUUUUCAGAUUUUUUCUCUAGUCGGGUAAUUCUUUAGUUUUUCAGUAAGUAAUUUCGGCUUGAUGAAAAAAAAAACUUCUCGUUAAUACUUCAUAUAUUUUUUUCCAGCUGAAGACACGUCCAACUUGUUCGAGAUUAUCGAGUUGAGAACCGCUUACAUCAGUGCGGUGCGAAAUACCAAAAGUUAGUUGAAGAAAUCAAGUUUAAAACUCGACUGGAACGCAAAAGGCUCACUUUUUUCAACUCUAUUGGAAUCAGAGUGUUUUUUUUUUUUUGAAUAAUAAGUCUUUUUAUACUGUGGAAGUUUGUGUUCUUAUCUCCCUCAAGCUGAUGCUCAAGAACAAAGUGUUGCAGUAGGAUCUUUUCAAUCGUUCGGCGAAUCUGUCGUUGCAAGGCAAGGAAGACUGGCGUCGGGUGAAGCCUUGUACGAGACAGAUGUUAUGAAACAAGUACAAUAUCGAGAAGGGAACGUCAUCAUAGAGAAGUAAAAUUUUCAAAAAAAAAUUGGUUAUGGAUUAGAAUAAUUUACAUGAAGAAAGAAAGCGAUUAGUUUCCCAACGAAAUUCCUAAACUAAUCUUCGAAACUCGGACUUCGGUAACGUAAACCCAAUGCGUCUUGGACGUUUCUGAGCAUUUCUACGGAUCUCUUCGACGGCGUGCAAACUCUUAAUCGGUUACUUGGCGCUCAGAAACGUCCGGGGCUCGUACAGUUUGCGUUACCGAGGUCCGAGGAUGCUUAACGUGCCACACGAAGCUCAUAGUUCCGAUUUUCUAAUUUUUUUUUUGAACUCCGAAUGCGUAGGCUUUGAGUAAGCGCAGAACUAAUCGAAGGAUUACUGAAAAGUUGAGAUUUAAUAAUGUGUUCCAGGUACGACGAAAUUAUUGAACCCGAGGAAGAAGUUCUACGGACGAGGUUCGUCGAGAAGAAAGCGUCCAACAAAAGCAGCGAUGUCGAUAUUCUGGAGAUGGACAACAAGAUGGAAGAAGUUCUACGGACGAGGUUCGUCGAGAAGAAAGCGUCCAACAAAAGCGGCGAUGUCGAUAUUCUGGAGAUGGACAACAAGAUGGAAGAAGUUCUACGGACGAGGUUCGUCGAGAAGAAAGCGUCUAACAAAAGCAGCGAUGUCGAUAUUCUGGAGAUGGACAACAAGAUGGAAGAAGUUAAACUGCAGCGCUCAUACAUAGAUGAAGCUUUCGACGGCAUAGUGAUUGAAGAACGACGGAAGCUUCCUGUGAUGACGAAAACUGAACUGCCGAGAAAGACGGCUGGAGAAGAGGUGCUGACUAUUGACGAAGAAGCUCGCGAAUGUGCUGGCAAAAAUUCAAAAGCCUCGGGGGAGUUGACGCUCGCCGAAAAAAAAGAGCAGCAAAACCUGAAAAAGAAGAGAAGACCGGACAUGGUGCAGAUCUUAGAUAACAUGGUCGCCAAUUACCGGAACAAAACGAAUUCCAGCAGUGAAUGUGAUGAGAUUGGACACGCUUGUGAGUUUUUGGUUUUGACGAAAUGGAAUGAGUUUGUAAAACUUAUUGAAUAG